CUUCCGGGUUAGAUUCAAUCCUACACGUGGGUACUUUAUCGCCACAAAAAUGUCAACAGACCCUUUGAUUCUGCAAGGGGAUGAGGAUGAGGAGUUUGCAGCCUUCGUGGCUCUUCACGCUGGAGCUCUGCAGUCUUCAGGAAUCCCCCAAAUCUACUGGAAGAGUCUCCAUCACAAAAUCACCAACGAGAUUUAUGAUGCUGGGGAAGUUUUUGGAAUCAUGCAGAUCCAACAGGAAGAAGAAGAGGAGGCUGAUGUAGAGAAUGAGGAGGAAGUGGAGGGAAAAAAGGAGGACAAUCCUGGAGCAGAGAUCCGCUGUAAGGUGGUGGUGACCCGGGAGAGUGGGCUGCAGGUGUCUGAGCUGACCAGUGUUUUCCUUGUGGAUCAUGCCUGGACGUAUCGUGUUGAUGGCGCCCGUCAGCAGCUGGAGCAGAUCCCUGGUCUUUUGCCUAGGAUGGCCUCGCUUAUGGGUGUAGACUUCCACGGCGAGGCCCCAGACCCAGAGACGGUGGAGCUGGUGAUGGAGCGCAUGUGGAAGUACAACCAAACGUAUCAUAUCUCCCAAGGGUCUGCAGAGGAGAAAGUCCCUGUGUGGUACAUCAUGGAUGAAUUUGGCUCUCAGGUUCAGCACUCAGACCGGCCCUCCUGUGGUUUGGCUCCUUUCUUCUAUGUUCAGGGUCAGCUGGCUUAUUCAGUGCUGUGGCCGCUGCACGACCUGCAGGAAGGAGAUGAGGUAACUCGUGAUUACACCUAUGGAGAGACAGACCCCUUGGUGAAGCAAUGCCGUCUGUUGCCGUGGAUACCUGCAGCCCUAGAAGAUGUCAGCAGCACCACAACAGAGCCACCAGACUCGUACUACGAGAGCAUUUUACUGGAGAACAAGGAGAAACUUCCUGUUGAAAUUGAGCCCUGCGUUAUACCCGAAGACAAAAUUCUCAAGGUUUACUCAGAUAUGUCUCAGGUCACAAACAACCUCACACAUGCUUGCUUCCAGCUGACGGAGGAAGAGGAUGAGGCUGAUAUCAUCUGGAGCUACAAACAUAUCAAAGACUUUAGGAAGCUGAGUGAGGAGCGUCCUCAUGUGAUGCUGAACCAAUUCCCCUGUGAGAACAUUGUCACUGUGAAGGACUGCCUGUCGGCUGUUGCCCGAAGAGUGAAAGGGGGCCCAUCACCUGAUUGGCUACCAGAGACUUUUAACCUCCAGACAGAGCUGCCACAGUUCAUCAAAAACUUCCAGCUCAGACAACAGAGAGGAGAGGAUAACCACUGGAUAUGUAAACCCUGGAAUUUGGCGCGAGGACUUGACACGCACAUCACAAACAACCUGGACUACAUAAUCAGACAAAGAGAGAGCACACCAAAGGUGGUGUGUAAAUACCUCAAAGACCCAGUGUUGUUCCACAGAGAGGAGGUGGGCAUGGUGAAGUUUGAUAUCCGCUACAUGCUGAUGUUGCGGUCCGUGCAGCCACUAAGACUCUAUGCCUACAACGUCUUCUGGCUACGCUUUGCUAACAGACCUUUCUCUUUGGACCAUUUUGAUGAUUACCAGAAACAUUUCACCGUCAUGAACUAUACAGAGGGUGUGGAGCUCAAACAGGUACACUAUGAUGAGUUUAUCCCCAUGUUUGAGAAGCAGUACCCUCUUUAUCCCUGGAAGGAGGUAGAGGCAGAGCUGUUUAAAGCUUUCAGAGAGCUCUUCCAGGCAGCCUCAUCCCGACCCGCUCCGUAUGGGAUCUGUCCCUACCCAUCAUCCCGGGCCAUUUAUGCUGUAGACCUCAUGCUGAAGUGGAGUACGGGACCAAAUGGUGACCAGGUCAUGCAGCCUCAGAUCCUGGAGUUAAACUUCAGCCCAGACUGCGCCCGGGCCUGUCUCUACCACCCAUCCUUCUACAACCACAUGUUCCAGACACUGUUCCUGGAUCAGCCCGAGAAUUGCUCUGUCACACAGAUCUCAUGAUCAAUGACUCAACAGCUUCUGCUCUUGCGUUUUUGUUUUUUCUUUUACAUUCUUAUGUUUUUUUUUCUGGACUCUUGUGUCCCUUUUCACUCUAUCGGUUUCAACAUAUUUGCCUCAUUGGCUGAUUUCCUCAUGUUCCACUUUUGUCUUAUUCUGGAUGAAUGACUUAAUUUGAGGCUGGUACCCAUAGAAUUAUCUUUGAGUUACUUCAGCGGUUCAAAAAACAGAAAAGGCACUUUGACUUUGUCUCCUACCCUCCUUGCUCCUGUCUUUUCCUACCAUUCAGUAGUCUGGUGUAUGGAUAAAAAGAAUUACAGGUACAAAAAGGGCAAAUAUGAUACAGCAACAUCUAAAGGGAGAUGUUCCCCUUCCAGGAGCAGAGCACAUUUGUAAAUGUUAAUCCUGGACCCUCUCUUUUGAUGGGUAAAAUCUCCCAUUGUUUUGAGAGCUUCAUAAAAAGACAGUCAAAUUGUCAGCAGUGUAAAAAGAAAGGUUAAGGAACAUUACAAACCAAAACACUACUGUUCAAAUGAAAAUAAAUAAAACUUGUUGGAUAAACAGCGAAAA